CAUUGGCGAUGCAAGAAAGCGAUUUUACUUUCGGUUUCGUUUUUCUGACACUUGCUGACGCAGACAUCUGCAAUUUUCCCGGGUUGCCACCAUUUUCCACUUCUUUGCUUUUUCUCUGCUGGAUUGCGCCUUCGGGGUCUCUGUUUCCAGAGUCUCUGCUUUACAGUGCUCAGUUCCACGGUAUCGCAUUUACUGACUGUUUUUCGGUGUUUGGUUUCUAAAUUGUGUUGUUUUUUUCGGAUCUUGCUUCAUCCUGGUCUGUAUUUCCCUGGUGUUGGAUUUGUUCUGAUCUGUGUUCUGUCUGCUCUGGAGUUAUUAUUCCGUCCUGUGCUCUCCGGUAUCUUGUGCCAUUCUGUGGAACUGUAUUUCAUUCCACUUCAAGAUCCAUUAAAGACCCAGUAAAAUGGGUUCCAUCUUCUCCACACCGAGACUCUCUGUAUCUGAGCGACAGCUUCCUCCUCUGCGCUCCAUGUCUGCUUCAGCGAGAACCUUACAUACUGACUUUUCUAUAGUGCAUUCUUCUCUUGGUGAUACAGUCACACUACAAUGUAGCUACUCUUGUAAAAUCAGUAAAAGUACCAGAGAGAUCAGGUGGUAUAAGGGGACAAAAUGUGUUCAUCAGGAGGCCUUUAAUUGUACCCUGUCCCUGACAUUGACAGAUGUUAAAGUCACAGAUUCUGGACAGUACAGGUGUGAAGCUCACGGAAAAAUAAUAAAAGAUGUCGCUGUUAUUUAUCUGCAUGUCGCAGGGUUUAAACUGGUCCCCAGCUUCAAUCGUUUUAGUUUGUCCAAUCAUUUUCCUGGAGAUGAUGUCACUCUUCCCUGCCACAUCUCUCCAAGAAAGAGUGCUGUUGCCAUGGAGAUCAGGUGGUUUAAGGGGACAGACUGCAUUUGUGUGUAUCAGAAUGGGCAGGUGAGAGAAGGGAAGGGCUACGAGGGCAGAGUGAGUGUCUUCACCCACAAGUUGGAGGAAGGAAACGUGUCUCUGAUGCUGAGGAAUGUUCAGCAGUUGGAUGAUGGAAGUUACAAGUGUAAAGUCACCGACGGAAAAGACAAGGUGGAAAGUGAUCAAAAUGCUCUACGCGUAAGAGAAUUUAAACUGAUCACUGAAUCGUACAAUUACUACGCACGCCCUGGUGAUGAAAUCACUCUGCCCUGUUACUUUUCUGCUGAAGUCAGUGCUGUUGCCAUGAAGAUCAGGUGGUUUAAGGGGACAAACUGUAUUUGUGUGUAUAACAAUGGCCAACUGAAUGAGGGGAAGGGUUAUGAGGACAGAGUGAGUCUCUUUACCCAAGAGUUGGAAGAAGGAAAUGUGUCUCUGAUGCUGAGAAACCUUCAGGAGUCGGAUGAUGGAGAGUACAAGUGUGAAGUGACUCACCAAGAACGCAAGCUGGAAAACAGUGGAGUUUAUCUACAUGUCACUGAAUUGAAACUGAUCACUGAAACGCACAGCACUACUAAAUCAUCUGUUGCCCAACCAUGCAUUGUCUACUCACCUGCUGGUGAUGAAGUCAUUCUGCCCUGUAAACUUUCUGCUAACGUCAGUGCUGUUGCCAUGGAGAUUAGAUGGUUUAAGGGGGCAAACUGCAUUUUUGUGUAUCAGAAUGGCAAGGUGAGAGUGUGUAAGGGCUAUGAGGACAGAAUGAGGCUCUUCACCCAAGAGCUGGAGGACGGAAAUGUGUCUGUGGGACUGAAGAAUUUUCAGGAGUCGGAUGUUGGAGAGUACAAGUGUGUGGUAACUCGCAUUCAUGAGGUUACUCACAGAGAUCACAAGAUGGAGAGCAGUGGAGUUUACCUAUAUAUGUCUGAAUUCAGUCUGGUCCACAUGCCUGAAGAUGUUGGAAUAUUCUCCCGAUACUCUGUAAUACGUGUAGACUUUGGUCAUGAUGUCACUCUACCCUGUUACUUGAAUCCAAAACAGAGUGCUUUUGCCAUGGAGAUCCGUUGGUUUAUUGAUGCUUGCUAUGGCAGUAAGAGGAAGAUUAUCUGUAUUUGCCAGUACCAGAAUGGGGAGGUGAAAGAGGCGGAGGGCUACGAGGGAAGAGUGAGCCUUUUCAUUGACAAGCUGGAGGAAGGAAACGUGUCUCUGAUGCUGAAGAAUUAUCAGGAGCCCUUUCUAUCAGGACAGUACAUAUGUGAAGUUACGUGUGGGAAUGAGAAGGAGCGGUUUAUACAUCACCUCAUACUUCGAUUGCGAGGUGGUGGAAGUCCUUAUAUUAGAGAAUCAAGCGAUGAGGAAGGCGAGCCUGAAACAAGAACAAGAAAAUUAAGUGAUCCACGUGACCUUCGACCCAUAAAACCCGGAAGACGAUGGAGUAAUCCACUUGACCUUCCAAACAUGUGAAGACUGAACUCAAGAGAGAAAGAAACAGCAGGACACUGAAAAGAAGACGAAUACAGCAAAGGAUAUGAGAGAGCAUUUACAAGGCAAAGUGAUUCCACUUAUGAACAUUUUGCUCAGAAUGAAAUAAUAAAACUGUUCUCACCAGUCCUAGCUUUUAUCCAUGGCUAUCUAGCAUAGCUCCUUAGUUUUAAGGAAAAGGAGGUGUCACAUCAUUUACUGGUAAACAGCCUGAAAAUACACCCACUUUUAUUUUUACUUGGAUAGAUAUAUUAGGGCUGUCAAUUGAUUAAAAUAUUUAAUCGUGAUUAAUCGCUUGAUUGUCAUGUUAUCUCGUUAUUAAUCGAAUCUCAAUCGCUCAUUUUUAUUUGUUCUCAAUCUGUUUUUAAAUGAAUUCUUUUCAAGUUUUUAAUACUCUAAUCAAGAUGGGCAGAUAUGGAUGCUUUAUGCAAAUGUAUGUUUAUUAUUUGUGAAACCAGACUCAACAUAGAGCAUGUAGACAAAAUAUACUUGUAAAUGUUUGUAAGUAAAUGUGGUGUUUUAAAUGACGUCAAUCUUGAGGACACCAAAUGAAGGUUUUGCUAUGUUUCCACACAGACAGUUUUAAUGGUGUUGGUUUUGGAUGUUGGUGCUUGAUUUGAGACUUGCCGCAUCAGUAAAACAAUUGUGUACUGAAUAAAAAUACA